UAUCAAAUAACGCAGAACGAGUAUCCACUGGCUAAAAAUGGUAGAUUCAUGUUUCAUGUUUAUGGCAAAGGUAUAUCUCCCUACAGUAAAGAGAUUGGUAUUAAACAGCUACAACUCGAACAGGACAGCGGCAAAACGAUUCAUUGUGGCUCGUCCUCGUUUAUUGAUCUCAAUCGUGCGGCAAACAAACUAAUGUGCCUUUCAGGAGCACCGUUGGUAGAGGUAGUCAGUGAUCCGGACUUCUCAACUGCUCUAGAGGCAAUGUGCUUCGUUCAACAACUUCGGCUGCUUCUCAUGCAUCAUCAAAUAUGCAAAGGAGAACUGCAUAAGGGUCAUCUACGGGUUGACGCUAAUAUUUCGUUAUCGUGUCAAGGAGAACCAGGAGUCAGAACUGAGGUGAAAAACAUUAACAGUUUUCGACAUCUCCACACGGCUAUCAAUUUCGAAAUUGAUCGACACUACGGUGUGAUUUCAAGCGGUGGUACGGUUAUUAAUGAGACGAGGAUGUUCGACCAGCAGGGGCGAACUACAUCGAUGCGAGAUAAAGAGGUGAAAACUGAUUAUCGGUUCACACCGGAACCGAAUUUGCCUGUUGUUAAAAUUCGAUCUGAAUGGGUAAAGGAAUGCAAGGACUCAGUUUCUUCAUCUCCGAACUACGUGCAGUACCAGAAGCUAGGAUUUGAGCCUCGACUUGCAGUUUUCUACGCGGAGGAUGCCCUACUUUCGCGAUUCGUCGAUUUAUGUGCUGAGCGAAUUCCAAUUGUUGGAGCACAACACUUUGUCACGUGGCUCGACGAACUUAGAAUGAUAAUGCAAAGAUGCAAAGAAGUUUAUCCUCCACAGAACCCUAAGUUUGCGAAAGAGUUCAUGACCAUCAUAGAGCUGUACGUUUGCGGUCGAAUAACGAAACUUAGAGGUCUGGAGACGCUCAGAACUUUCGUUAGCGAAUUAGGAGACGCGAAAGAGUUGUUCGAUACGAAGAACUUAUGGCGAAUAACGGACGAGAACAUCAUUCACAAUAUGGUGGAAGAAAUGUUCGAAAGAAAUGGAAAGAUAGUGGAGAAAGCACUAGCAGGUCAUGCGAAGUCGCUGGCGACGCUGAAGAGGCUGCUUGUUGAUCAUUCGGAAAAGCGAAUUGGCGUCGACGAUGUCUUGAAAGCCAUCACGCAGAAGUUGUCUGAGUUGCGCAGAAAACCAUCGUAG